GCGAUGGAGAGCAAGCUGCUGGUGGGAGGGAAGAACAUCAUUGAUCACACCAACGAGCAGCAGAAGAUGCUUGAGAUGAAAAGGCAGGAGAUUGCUGAGCAGACGCGCAGUGAGAGGGAGAUGCAGCAGCAGAUGUUGAACCAGGAUGAAGAGACCCUGGAGCUGAGAGAAACCUUCAGCUCUCUGCAGCAGGAGGUCGAAGCCAAAACCAAGAAGCUCAAGAAGCUGUACACCAAGCUGCAGUGCAUCAAGGCUGAGAUGAAGGACGUGAACGAGGAGCACGUGAGGAGCCGACAGGAGCUGGAGCAGACUCAGAACGAGCUGACCAGAGAGCUAAAGUUCAAGUAUCUGAUCAUAGAGAACUUCAUCCCUCCGGAGGAGAAGAAUAAGAUCAUGAACAGGCUGAUGUUUGACCCUGAGGAGGAUCAGUGGAAGUUCAAACCUUUGGUUCCUGCAGAAAGUAAAUCCUCACAGAUGAAGAAACGACCGGCAUCAGCAGUUGGUUACAAACGACCCAUCAGUCAGUACGCCAGGAUUGCCAUAGCCAUGGGACCUCAUUCCAGAUACAGGGCGGAGAACAUCAUGUUUCUGGAGCUGGAUGUGACUCCUCCCAACACCUCAGUGGACUGGUCCACGGAGCCAGAACCAAACCAGAGUCCCUCUUUGGGAAACUCCCCAAACAAGGAUGAAGGAGUCUGCAGGUCUCGCUCCUG